GAGAGAAGUUGAUGAAAACGGUGACAAGGGAAAGCGACGCGCACAGGUUGUGCCCAUCGUGCGUCGUCGCCAGCCACAAGAAUGAAAGCGUGCCUUGCCCGUGUGAACCCCUCUUCAAAUGCAAAUCGUCCAAGUGUGACAUCUCCGAAAUUGCGACCCGUUGAACCCGUCGGCUGGCCGUCGGGUUCUAACGAGAUGAGGGCGUUUCUGUAUUAGGAUCUUCCUCAAGUGAUCGGAGAAGUCCUUUUGGGUUUGCCGUCAUGUUGUGACCGACUGAUGAAUUUCCCACUCGGCGCAUAUAAAAGCGGAGGGGUGGAGGCAACCCGCCAAGUCCCGCCGUUUCCAGAUCCAGUCCAGUCUUUUCCACCACUUUUCCCUCCACCUUUUUUUUUUUACAUAUCUCAACUCAAAUCCCAAUGCAUCUCAAAGCCAAGUUCAUCGCCGUCGUCUCCGUCCUUGCCGCCUCUGGCGUGCUCGCGCAAGACCUGCCCACCAACAACGUCCUCGAGAACGUGAAGGCAUUCAACCAGGAGCAGGAUGAAGGACACAACACCUACCACAUUUCCACCGUCAACAAAUACGUACAGUACAUCGAGAGCAUCCUCGCGGGACCCGGCCCGAUCACGUUCUUUGCGCCUUCCGACCACUCCUUCAUUCGGUUGCAGCAGAGCAACCCGGAUUACCUUAAGGAGUUUUUGGCGUCGCCCAACCUGAUCAAUGCCACCCUUCACUACCACAUCACACACCAGAUCUACGACAUCGCCACCGCCGGUUUGGGACACACCACUAUCCCCACCGAUCUUUACCCGGGCACCAUUGACGCCAACAUCAUCCCCAACGACCCCGCCAAGAACCCCCCAGGAUGGGUCCCUGCCAUCUUGCAGGGCAGCGAGAACAUCUCGGCCACCAUUGUGCACACCAUGAAGUCCUCCAACGGAAUCCUUUACGUCAUUGACACAAUGCUGCGACCGGCGCAGGCGCUGCUGGACAACCCCAGGCCGUUUCCCACUUCCGCCAUCGUCACUUCCACUAGUACCAGAGCUGCUACCACUUCGCCCACCGUCGUAUCAACCACCCGUACAGCCACAGUUAGUGGAACCGCAGCUUCCUCAACCUCGAACAGCACCUCGGUAGACCCGGCAAAGCCCACUACCGCCACUGGUGCUAGCACCGGCGGCUCCAAGAACGGCGCGUCCUCUAGCACUCUUUCCGUGAUUGCCGCCGCUGGUGCCAUCCUUGCUGCGAUCUCGGUCGUUGCUCUGUAGACGGCUUACAUAUACCCACGCUCCUCUCUCCAUAGCCUAAUGCGGUUUGCCUUCGUCGCUUAAUCACCUUCAUGGAAUCUGGCAUUUCAUCCCCUCAUUACAUAACACUAGUAGAUAGAGAUAUCACCUAACUACCUUGUGAUCUAGUCGUCUUCUAUGUUAGUACGAUAUAGGUCAUCCUUAGUAAUGUUUACAGUCAUCAAAGCAACUGAAAAGAAAGAUAUUGGUUUCGGAACACAUUGCUGGGAACUUCAUGGGCAC